UUUCCAGACGUCAACUGCUUACAGCUUGAAGAAUGAUUUGUAUUAUGUAGCAUUUUUCUGUGCCACUAGUCACUGUUCUUCAUGUAUUUUUUAAAAUAGUUAUUUAUCCUUAACAGUUUUAAGUUGAAGAAGUGUUAAAAUGGCUAGUGCUGACUUUAGAAAGGACGUAUCGAUGCCUGUCCGCCCGAGAAGUGUCUAUACUGCGCAUUCUUAUAAUCAGGAGGAGUCGAAUUUGUCUGCUUUCCAAGAUUAUAGCAAGUUCCUGGAAGGUGGAUUAGGGCAAGCGGAGCUGGUAGGUGCCGCAGGAUGGCAGCCUCCGUGGCGCGCCCCGCUGCAACGCAAAGCGCCUUUCUACCCUGGAGACGACAUUUACCAUGCUGAUACUUGGAGAGAAUUGGAAGUAACUGACGUUGUCGGCGGCGCUGGCUAUAAUGCCUCCGUAACUCCGCAUGGCACUGUCUGCCUUAGGCUGAGGGAUCGAGUCAAGGUGGACAUGACCAUAGAUGGGGCAGUUCGUGUAACGAAUGCUAAAAACAAUAUAAUCUUGGCGUUGUCGAGAUCUGGCGCCGCCGCCGCCCUCAUCCACCCCAAUGGCCGAGUGUAUCACUACGGGUCCAGAGUGGAGAUACAGGCGAGACACCAGCAAGGCAACAACAAGUACGCGAAGAUGUGGUACAAGGGCGUAUCGUUCACGGCGGAGCAGUGCGCGCUGGUUUACUUGGUGGACGCAGCCGGCACACGAACCACUACCGAUACAUUCCUUGACAUGACCCAGGACUUCACUCUCAACGUAUUUUAUAACGAGUCGAGGCACGGUCCGUCUUAUGUGAACGAGGCGCUUUCGUUGCUGCAAGCAGCGCAGUAUUGGCUGACUGAUGAUGGGAUUGACAAUUGGAUAAUCAACAAUGUGCGCGUCAGUCAGACUGCUGAUGGAUUGGUCAGGAUACACCGCUGCAGCCAUAAAUAUCAGUUGCGCACAAGUCCAAGCAAUGGAUCCGCAUCCAUUACCAGUCCGUUUCUGCAUUGCACCGCUUCGCUGGGACAAACGCAGCAUCUAUUUGUUCGACGAGGCGAGAGGCGGAUGCAUUUUGACGGCAACUCGUUUAUAGUUCGCAACGCUGGUCACUCUGCCGGCUUCGAUGACAAGAAUCAACUUAAGGUGUACUGAACCAACCAACUUACUUAAUUCGCUGGCGAGUUUUAACCUCCGGUUCCCUUAUACCACCAUAUUUUGUAAUCACUACACAAUGAAUAGACUACUCCACAAUACCAAGUUGUAUAGAACUACACUAUUUACAUUUGAAACUGUUGGUUUCCACUUUUUUUUCAUAUUCUAUUGUCUCUUUAGAUUCGUUUGAAACACGUGGGUAGGUUCAAAUUACACGGUGAAUGCCUCCCUACUUUGUAAUCAACGUUAGUGUGUAAAGCUUACAUUAAAUGUUUUUGAUUUGUAUUAGUGCGGUUCCAGACACUAUUUGUGUCUAGAUCAUAUGCUUUUGGAAGUAGUAAUUUCAUUUAUAAGCAACAUUAGCACUUCUUUAACACAGUGAAGAAAAAUGCGGAAUGGACUUGUACAAACGAAAUAUUGAUUGAUAAUCAACUUCUUUGAUCUUCACCUUCGUCUGGAAUCGCCAUUAGUUGAUGUACUGCCAUACCAUAGAUUAAGGUUACAGUUAGAUGAUCAAGUGUCAGAUCACCAUUGCUCAGGCCACUGUAAUAAUUUAAUCGACAUUUUUUACUUUAUAUUAUUUUGAUGUCUAUAUAGAAAGUGUUGAUUUUCAAGUCUGAUUAUUAGUUCACAAUUAUUUAUCUUAUUAUGUAUCAUGUGUGUUAACAACUAGCCUUGUAAAAACGGUUAUUUUACAAGAGGUAAAUUAGUUGAACUGUUCGGUUUUUACCUAAAUAGCGCAAUAGUUAAUUCCGCCCCCAUUCACCCGACCAACGCACUUCUCGUCUAUUUAGCAGAUCCCCAGACAUAACUACAGUAUUACUCACAUGUAUAUUGUUUUGAAAAUGUUGUAAUAAUAUGUAGUCAGAUAACAGAUUUGGCAGUUGUUAACCUAAAAACAAAAGUUUGGAUGCUACGACUCGAACCCACGUGUUUCUUUAUAUAUAAAAAACUUCAAGUAUGACGUUGUUAUGAAUAAA